AUGUCUUGGCAAAGCUACGUGGAUAGCCUGAUGGCCGAUGGUACAUGUCAGGAUGCCGCCAUUGUUGGAUUUAUCAAGACCAAAUAUGUUUGGGCAUCACAUUCUGGUGGUACAUUUAGUAAUAUCACGUCCCAAGAAAUCGACUCUCUUAUUGAUAAGGACAAGGCCUCCGUGUUCACUGCUGGGCUGACUCUGGGCUCUAAGAAGUGUUCAAUUAUUCGCGACAACCUGCAGGAUGAUGGAGAAUGGACUAUGGACAUUAGAACAAAGACCCACGGAGAAGAAACUACUACCUACAAUAUUUCUGUAGCAAAAGCCUCAACAGUAUUGGUUCUUGUUAUGGGGAAGGAAGGAACCCACGGAGGCCUAUUGAAUAAGAAGGCAUUCCAAAUGGCAAAGUACUUGAGGGAUUCAGGCUUUUAA